UCUUUUUUCCUUCCAAGACAAUCUUUCAUUGUUCCAUUUCCUUAUUUUUAUAUGUAUAUACGUGGAAUUUACGUAGAUUGUCUCUAGUACGUUAUUAACCCCUGCAGUUGCUACGCACGAACGCAAGAGGAAACCAUGGAAAUGGGGCAAAGCUCUGGCUCUAAGCCCUCCGGCGACGGCGUAGUCUGGGCCAAACUCAUACCAAUGGAUUCAAGUUAUUCAGAGAUUGAGCUGAAGUUGAAUGAGACUGUGAUAUGCUCAGAGGUGACCUCUUUGGAGAAACAGGCAUGGUGCAAAAUAACAAGAGGGGUGGAUCUGGUUUCUGCCACAAUACAAAAUACGAGUUCAAACACAAUUCUUGUUGAUGAGAAGGUUGUUCUGGAUGAUCAAACUGCUAUAGUCAAGUGUGGCAGUGAAAUUUCGCCUUGUCUUCAAACUGAGGGUUCUUUAAAGUACAAAUUUGAGGUAAUGCCUGUUGAGGAAUCUUACAAACAUCUAAAGGUCUCUGUUGACGUAGAGCAUGCCAAAUGCAGCAUUUGUUUAAACAUUUGGCAUGAUGUUGUCACUGUUGCGCCUUGUCUUCAUAAUUUUUGCAAUGGAUGCUUUUCAGAGUGGCUAAGGAGAUCUCAAGAGAAAAACUCAAGUGUAAAAUGUCCUGAAUGUAGAGCAGUUGUUCAAUUUGUGGGAAAGAACCCCUUUUUGCAUAACAUUGAGGAGAAUAUACUGGAAGCUGAUCCCUCUCUGAAGCGUCCUAGUGAAGAUAUCAAACUUAUAGAUUCUUAUGCCUCAAUAAAAUCACCACUUGUUCUUAACAGUGGAAAACGGUCUAAAAGGAAGAGGGCGCACUCUCCAUCAGAUGAGGCCAGUAGAUGGGAGCUUCCAUGCCGUCAAUGUGGCACUGAAUUUGGAGGGUUCCAAUGUAACCAAAGCACAGUUCAUUUACAGUGCCAUGCAUGUGGAGGGAUGAUGCCUUUGAGAACAAAUAUUAACAUUCCACAACAAUGUAUAGGAUGUGAUCGGGCAUUCUGUGCUGCUUAUUGGCAUGCUCAGGGAGUUAAUGGAAAUGACUUGCACCCAAUAUGCAGUCCUGAAACUUUCAAACCCAUCACAGAACGUACAAUCACUAGAAUCCCAUUAUUGGCACAUGAGAGGAAUAGGCAUGAACAGGAGAUCACAGAAAUAUGUAUCACAAAGAUGGGUAGGUCAUUGCAAGAUGUUGUCUCUGACUGGAUUUUGAAGUUGGAUAAUCGGGAAAUAGACCGAACAAGGAUGCCACUGAAUCAUGCUGAGAUGAUAACUGCUCGUACACGUUGUUGUAGUGAGUGCUAUGACAAGAUAGUCUCGUUUCUCUUGUACUGGUUUAGGGUCACGAUGCCAAAGCACUGUCUACCGGCAGAAGGAUCUCAGAGGGAAGACUGCUGGUACGGUUAUGCGUGUAGGACGCAGCACCAUAAUGAAGAACAUGCUCGCAAGAGAAACCAUGUCUGUCGUCCAACAAGGGGCAGCCAGAUGUAGGAUGGAUGAUUCCCUUUAGUUUCAAGAUUUUACCGAAUUGAAAAGGGAAUUGAUUUGUACAUAAUCUUGUCAUGCGCCUUAUUAUCUUUUGGGUUUUGGAAUGCUAUCAUCUCUUUCUGAUCUCAUCGGAUAGAACAACUAGAAAUUAGAUUUGGAACCUUUUUAGUUCAGCUCGGUUUAUAUGUGAAAAUGUUACUUGUACCA